AUUUGCAGUCACAGCAAAUUUUUGGAAAAUCAGAGACUUGGCCAUGACACGCAACUUUUAUUUUUGUCCUCAACAAACGCAACUACGAUGGUCAAUUCGGCUUCGCCACGUUAGCUUUUCGUCGAUACACUACGAUCCAGUGGAGGGCAAUCGGAAGUACAUCGGCGUUUUGGCGUUUGCGGGGUGCAUCACGUGACAUAGUUUAAACCAAUAACCUUGAGCCGCGUCCAGGCCGCGUGGAAGUUCAAGUCAAUAUUCACGAAGGGUCGCUUGCUAGAAGCGGAUACAAGCCUUUAACGGCGUUAGUUUUCUCAAAAUGUGUUACUAAGUUUGAAACCUAAGUUGCGAAAAGACCACUGGCUGCUUAACUUUCACCUGAGACUUUAAAAGGUAGAUAUUGAAGGAAUUCUUUCUCGUUGGUGUCACAAUGGAGCUGGCUCACACUUUACCGGCGUCGGAAGUUUUGGAUCAUUUCUCCGUGAGUGAAACCAAAGGUUUGAGUUUAGAAGAACUCUCGCUUGCUCAACAAAAGUACGGACCAAACGAACUUCCAGCGGAAGAAGGCAAGCCACUCUGGAAGCUUGUAUUAGAGCAGUUCGAUGAUUUACUUAUAAAAAUUCUUCUGGCAGCAGCAGUGAUUUCUUUCGUACUGGCGUUGUUCGAGGAAGGGGAGGACAGAACCACAGCAUUUGUAGAACCAUUCGUAAUUCUUGUUAUUCUGAUAAUAAACGCAAUCAUUGGUGUUUGGCAAGAUAGAAACGCGGAAAGUGCAAUCGAAGCUUUAAAGGAAUAUGAACCAGAAGUAGCAAAAGUGUUGAGACAAAACAAACCAGGAAUUCAGAGAAUAAAAGCAAGGGAUUUGGUUCCGGGAGACAUCGUAGAAGUUGCCGUUGGUGACAAAGUUCCAGCUGACAUUCGGAUAACUUCAAUAAAAUCUACAACUCUCAGAGUGGAUCAAUCAAUUCUAACAGGUGAAAGUAUCAGUGUCAUCAAACAUACAGAACCCAUCCCUGACCCUAAAGCUGUCAAUCAAGACAAGAUUAAUAUGCUGUUUUCGGGUACAAACAUUGCUGCUGGAAAAGCUUCAGGCGUAGUCAUUGGAACUGGUCUUAACACACAGAUUGGUAAGAUCCGAGAUGAAAUGGUUGAUACUGACGAGGAAAGAACACCAUUACAGCAGAAACUUGAUGAGUUUGCUCAACAAUUGUCAAAGGUAAUUACAGUUAUUUGUAUUGCAGUAUGGGCUAUCAAUAUUGGCCACUUCAAUGAUCCAGUCCAUGGUGGCUCUUGGAUAAAAGUAAGUACUUUUAAUAAGAGGGCUAAGGGUGGGGACUUCGACAUCUAUGAGGAUGUUACUCUGCUGAAUUAUCAACCCAUCAUUUCCAGAACCUUGAAUGGAAAGAAAAUAGAUCCUCAGGAUUUUGAAGCCCUUCCAGAAUUUGCUACAAUUUGUGCCAUGUGCAAUGAUUCCAGUGUAGAUUACAAUACAGUAAGAGAUGCCUAUGAAAAAGUGGGUGAAUCGACAGAAACUGCACUAACAGUUUUAGUGGAGAAGCUCAAUGUGUUUGGUACAAAUCUGAGUGGAAAGUCCAAAGCUGAACUAGCACAUAUCUGUAAUGAAGACAUCAAGUCUCACUUUAACAAGGAGUUUACCCUGGAGUUCUCCCGUGACAGAAAGUCAAUGAGUGUGUACUGUACUCCUAGAAUUGACGGGCCAAACUCGGUCCAUGAAAAGAAUCCAAAGAUGUUUGUCAAGGGUGCUCCUGAAGGAAUUAUUGAAAGAUGUAACUAUAUUAGGGUUGGUAGCAAGAAGCAACCCCUGACACCGAAAACCAAACAGCAGAUUCUGGAUCUAGUGAAAACUUAUGGAACAGGUGCAGACACACUUCGUUGCCUUGCCCUGGCAACAGUUGAUGAGCCUAUCCCGCCCAGCAAGAUGGAUCUUGAGAACUCUGAAAAGUUUGCAGAGUAUGAGAGCAACAUGACAUUUGUAGGUGUGGCGGGCAUGUUGGAUCCACCUAGAUUAGAAGUGAAAGACUCGAUUGAGAAAUGCCAUGAUGCAGGAAUCAGGGUUAUUGUCAUUACUGGAGACAACAAGGCAACUGCUGAAGCCAUUUGUAGAAGAAUUGGUGUCUUUGGACCUACUGAAGACCCAACAGGAUUAUCUUUCUCAGGCCGUGAGUUUGAUGAGUUAACUCAAGAGGAACAGAGAGAAGCUUGUUUGAAUGCAAGAUUGUUUUCACGAGUAGAGCCAGCACACAAGAGUAAGAUUGUGGAGUACCUUCAGGGGGAGGGUGAAAUAUCAGCCAUGACUGGUGAUGGUGUCAAUGAUGCCCCUGCAUUGAAGAAGGCAGAGAUUGGAGUCGCCAUGGGAUCUGGAACAGCUGUGGCAAAGUCUGCUUCUGAAAUGGUAUUAGCUGACGACAACUUUUCAACUAUUGUGGCUGCUGUGGAAGAGGGAAGAUCUAUUUAUGACAACACAAAACAGUUUAUUCGGUACUUGAUUUCCUCAAAUAUUGGAGAAGUUGUCAGCAUCUUCCUGACUGCAGCCCUGGGAAUGCCAGAAGCACUCAUUCCAGUCCAGCUUCUGUGGGUGAACCUCAUGACAGAUGGACCCCCUGCUACGGCACUUAGCUUCAACCCUCCUGAUGUGGACAUUAUGAUGAAGCCUCCACGCAAGGCUAAGGAAGCUCUCAUCAGUGGCUGGCUCUUCUUUAGAUACAUGGCUAUUGGAAUCUAUGUUGGAGCUGCCACUGUUGCUGCCUCGGCAUGGUGGUUCAUGUUUUAUGAGAAUGGUCCUAAAGUAACUUAUUACCAGUUGACACACCACAUGCAGUGUACAACAGAUCCUACAAGCUUUGUUGGUGUUGAGUGUAACAUUUUUAACGACCUUCAUCCCAUGACCAUGGCCCUAUCAGUGCUGGUCACAAUAGAAAUGUUCAAUGCUCUUAACAGCUUGAGUGAAAAUCAAAGUCUCUUUGUCAUGCCACCCUGGAGGAAUCCUUCUCUCAUUACGGCAAUUAUCGCUUCAUUUAUCAUGCACUUUGUCAUACUUUACUUCAAGAUUACCAAUGUAAGUAUCAUAAUGUAAAUAAUAAUAAUGCUUCUUCAAAUAUAACAUAUUUGACAAGGAGGACCAGGAGGUUAACCCAAUAUAAAGGUCUCCUAUCUAAAAAAUAUGACAUAUAAAUAAAUACAUGUGCAGUAGAUAUAAAUGAUUACACUAGAUGUAAAUGACACCUUUAAUAAUUAAUCAGGUUUUUACAACAUUGAAGGCAAAAUGUUAAAGGUGCUAGUCUUGAAAUCCUGACAUUCUAUCUGACCACUGACCAUCAGGAAAUAUGGCUUAAUUGUCUCACGUU